GGGCGUGGUCGGCCGGGGCGUCUCGCGCUGGGUGACAGCUCGCGCGUGCUGGUGAUGGCGGGCUUUGAAGCUGCCUGGCAGUGAGGACUUCCCAGUAAUUAAAUUCUCCGGGAUCCGUGGGAAGAUGGGGCUGCUCCGCGCCCGGGACGCGGCGUGGCGGAGGAAAGGAUGUGUGACCUGCACUCCGUCGGAGCAGCGACGCCUCCUGUGAGACAUGGAUAGAUGCAAACAUGUGGGGCGGCUACGACUCGCCCAGGACCACUCGAUCCUGAACCCCCAGAAGUGGCACUGCGUGGACUGCCACACCACCGAGUCGCUCUGGGCCUGCCUCAAGUGCUCACACGUGGCCUGCGGCCGCUACAUCGAGGAGCACGCCCUGAGGCACUUCCAGGAGACCCGGCACCCCUUGGCCAUGGAGGUGCAUGAGCUCUACGUCUUCUGCUACCUGUGCCAGGAUUACGUCCUGAACGACAACCCCGAGGGCGACCUGAAGCUGCUGAGGAGCUCGCUGUCGGCCAUCAAGGGGCAGAGGAGCGGCAGGACGCUGCGCUCCAUGGCGCUGGCGGAGGACGCCUGGAGGAGGAGGAGCCCUCAGGGCCAGUCCCAGAUGCUGGUGGCGCUGUGGCACCGGCGCCAGGCCCUGCUGGCGAGGGCUCUGCGCACCUGGUUCCACAAGAGCUCCCGGGGGCAGCUGAAGCUGAAGGAGAAGAAACAGCUGGAGGAGCUGGAGAAGAAGAAGGAAGCGGCUCGGCAGCGGCGGCAGGAGAUGAAGAGGCAGCUCCUGGAGGAGCUGGCCAACACUCCCCCGAGGAAGAGCGCCAGGCUGCUGUCCCACGUGCACAGGGAGAGCUUGAUCCCAAGGAAAUUCAGGGAAGUGGCCACAGCUUCCCCUACCUCAAGGCAGGUGCAGAGCAGCAGAUUCAAGCAGUUCUACUCCAUCCGGCGCCAGCCCCUGAUGACGCCGGGGGUGACGGGGCUGAGGAACCUGGGCAACACUUGUUACAUGAACUCCAUCCUGCAGGUGCUUAGCCACCUCCAGAAGUUCCGAGAAUGUUUCUUGACUCUUGAUCUCUGUGAAACAGAAGAACUUUUAGCUAAAACUGUGAAUGGGAGGGCCAGGAUGCCUGGCAGACUGGCAAACGGGGCUGCUGCCGGUGAGCCGGGGAAGCCUGACAGGGUGGGAUCAUCCGGCACCCAGAGCUCUCCGGCCAGCCUGAACGGCGGCAGUUUAGAGCUGAUCCAGCCCAAGGAGCCCAGCUCGAAGCACAUCUCCCUGUGCCACGAGCUGCACACCCUGUUCAGGGUGAUGUGGUCUGGCAAGUGGGCCCUGGUGUCCCCCUUUGCCAUGCUGCACUCCGUGUGGAGCCUGAUCCCGGCGUUCCGCGGCUACGACCAGCAGGACGCUCAGGAGUUCCUCUGCGAGCUCCUGGACAAGGUCCAGCAGGAGCUGGAGUCUGAGGGGACCAGGCGCAGGAUCCUCAUCCCCUUCUCGCAGAGAAAGCUCACCAAGCAGGUCCUCAAGGUGGUCAACACCAUUUUCCAUGGGCAGCUGCUCAGUCAGGUCACCUGCAGGACGUGCAACUACAAAUCCAACACCGUGGAGCCCUUCUGGGACCUUUCCCUGGAAUUCCCGGAGCGUUACCAUUCCCUGGAGAAAGGCAUCGUGCCCCUGCCCCAGGCUGAGUGCUUGCUGACCGAAAUGUUGGCCAAAUUCACCGAGACAGAAGCCCUGGAGGGGAGGAUCUACGCCUGUGACCAGUGCAACAGCAAACGGCGAAAAUCUUCUCCCAAACCUCUUGUUCUGAGUGAAGCUAAAAAGCAGUUGCUGAUCUACAGACUACCUCAGGUCCUCCGGCUGCACCUUAAACGCUUCAGGUGAGCCACUGGGCCCUGGAUUUUUGGGGGAAAAAGUGACCAAAAGUGUGCCUUUAAUUUCCCUCAGCUCCUGCUGAAAGCAGCUGUGUAAUUUCUGAGCCAUCAGGUUGGUGAGAGCCCCUCCCAUUACCCGUUUGCAGGGCGUUUUUCUGCCACAAUUUAAUAUUUUGUGCAUAUUAAUCCUUAAUUUCCUCGGGUUUGAGUCGAGUUUGCAGGCAGCUUGGAAGGAGAAAUAAGCUGAUGAAAGAUUUGGUGAAGGUGGGAGAUUGAGAGAAUUAAAUUCCUCAAAUUACCUGUUGAAUAGAAAGUAGAAAAAGCUGAAAAUGUUAGGACAAGUUUCUAAAGUGGUUAGGCUGGGUUUGGGGGGGUUAUUGGUAGAACUGAGGGUUUUUAAAGGUGGUCAGAGGAUAAAUCUGGCCCCAGAAAGCUCCACCUAAAACAAAAAAUAUCAAUGCCAGGGGGAGACCCCACCUAAAAUAAAAACCUUCAGUGUCAAGAAACCCCAUCUAUAAAAAUCCUCAGUGGUAGAAGGAGACUUUAAAUCUAAAUCUAAAAUAAAAAUUAUCAAUGAAAGGAGACCCCACCUAAAAUAAAAACCUUAAAUGGCAGAGGGAGACCUACCUAAACUAAAAACUCUCAGUGGCAGAGGGAGACCCCACUAAAAUAAAAAUCAUCAAUAGUAGGAAGAGACCCCACCUAAAAUAAAAACCUUCAGUGGCAGAGAGAGACUCCACUAAAAUAAAAACCUGAAAUGGCAGGGGGAGACCCCACUAAAAUAAAAAUCAUUCAUGGUAGGAAGAGACCCCAUCUAUAAUAAAACCCCUCAGUGGGAGACCCCACCUAAAAUAGAAAUCAUUGAUAGUAGGAAGAGACCCCAUCUAUAAUAAAACCCCUCAGUGGCAGGGGGAGAUCCCACCUAAAAUAAAAACCUUAAAUAGCAGGGAGAGUAAAAUCAUUCAAUGGCAGAGGAAGAUCCUACCUAAAAUAACAACCCUCAGUGGCAGAGGGAGACUCCACCUGAAAUAAAAAUCAUCCAUGGUAGGAAGAGACCCCCACUUGAAAUAAAAAUCAUUGAUGGUAGGAAGAGACCCCACCUGAAAUAAAAAUCAUUAAUGGUAGGAAGAGACCCCACCUGAAAUAAAAAUCAUUAAUGGUAGGAAGAGACCCCACCUGAAAUAAAAACCAUCCAUGGUAGGAAGAGACCCCACCUGAAAUAAAAAUCAUUGAUGGUAGGAAGAGACCCCAUCUAAAAUAAAAACCAUCCAUGGUAGGAAGAGACCCCACCUAAAAUAAAAACCAUCCAUGGUAGGAAGAGACCCCACCUGAAAUAAAAAU